AUGGCUGACACUCAAAUGGUGUAUUACUUGCACAGACGGUUUGACAUCACACAGAUUCCGGACGUCUAUGAUUCAUGCAAAUAUGAUCUCUUGCACAAUGCACAUCUUAAUCUAGAAGGAUUGGAUGAACUCUUCAAAGUUGCUCAGGCACUUGCUGAUGGUGUAAUACCAAAUGAAUACGGAUACCUUGCAUUGGGCUAG